CCCACAAUAGUGAAUGUGAACCAGGAGAUCAGGCCCAUGGAGAUGCCCAGGGACCACCUUAUCUGGUCUCUUUUCAAUUUUCUGUACUGUAACCCCUUCUGCCUGGGACUGGCGGCCCUCAUCAGCUCUGUCAGGGCACGGGACAAGAAGGUGAUGAGGGAUAUUGAAGGAGCUCGUACUCAUGGGAAAACUGCUUGGAAUCUGAACAUCAUCUCCACUGGGCUCUUGUGUCUCAUAACUGUGAUUACUAUUAUAACCUCCAAGGUCUUUGGCAUGUUCCUGAAACUCACAGCACUGGUACUUCCUCUCCUACCUGCAUCAGAGACAGAAGCUACGACCACCACUGCUACUACUACUACUGCUACUACUACUACUACUACUACCACUAUUACAAAGCUAUCACAAAACAACAGAAUGAACAUCGCGUCUGACAGUGUCCCAUUACAGGAUAACAUGUAUUACAGCGACGGGGAACAUGCUGUAAUGGUUCAACAGCACACAAGAGUGAACGUGGCCCGGGAGAUGCCCAAAGACCACAUCAUCUGGUCUCUUUGCUGUUUCCUCUACUUUAACCCCUGCUGCCUGGGACUGGCUGCACUCAUCUGCUCUGUCAAGGCACGGGACAGGAAGUUGUUGGGGGACAUUGAAGCUGCGCGGAAACAUGGAUCGACCGCUCAGACUCUGAACAUCAUUUCCACUGUGUUUUUCUGUAUCUUCAUCCUCAUCAUGGUUAUAGUCGUAGCAGUUUUGUUCACUCAGUUUGUUAAGAUUAUGAACAUGAUAAAUGAUGGAAGGAACUAUGAUGGUUAUGACAGAGGAGGCUACAGUGGCUGAACACAAAACAUUUGAAAUAAUCGCGGGGUCUGCAGUCGACUGGAGAAAAAGCUUAUUAUGGAUGUCUAUGUAUCUGACUAAGCUACAAUUCAUGCAAAAAAAUGUGCUGGAAACAAUAUAAUUAUAUAAAGACAGAUUCAAUUCAAUUUAAUCUGCCUUUUUACAUAUAAAUACCAAAAAAUAACAAAUGUUCAGCUAACCCUCUAACUCACUUUUCUGCUGUUGUCCCAUAUAAAUUGUAAGACUAAGACUCCAUCAACCGAUUAAUCGACUAAAGGACUAAAGGCCUAUUUUUUGUUUUAUGUAUAUAUAAAUGGCUACAAUAAGUGAAUGGGUCUAGUCACUAAGAAAUGAUCAGAUUCAACAUUUGUGCAUUUACUUCUUUAGAUAUUUCAUGAGAAAGUACAAUGUAAACAACAGAAAAGCCUUCCUCUUGACCCUCGUCUGGAAGUAUGACACCAUCACAUUCUGCAAUCUGAAAAACGCCAACAAGGAUUUCACCAGCUCCCUCCCUAUUAUGAUACAGUAUGAUAUUUUGAGUGCAAAUUACUAUGGCAACAGUCUUAGCAUUUCAUCAUUCUGAUCAGUUAAAAAUGGACUUUUGGAGUAAUAAGUUCACACAGAUUUGGAAACCUAUUAAAGCAUGAAACGUUAAGACCCUGAUAAAGACUUAAUUCACUUACUUUAUUUUUCUGGUCAUUUUUAUUGAUACAUUUGUUUUUCACAAAGCUGAAUGUCAUCGUGAAAGAGCUCAAAAGUAGCCUCAGGUCUCAAACUAUAAGAAAAUGUAGUGGAGUCAAAAGUCCAGAUAUCUGCUGUCAAAUGUAAAGUAAAAGCAAAAAGUACAGAUAACUAAAAAUGGCAUUUAAAGCCCAUGCAUGUACAUUUUUGCUAAAAUUAGACAAAAAUAAAAGCUUUUUUCAUUUUGGAUUGUUUUAUAGCACUGAAAAACAGAGAAAAACAUGUAUCCUUGUGAGUGGGCUUGUAUCUCCACAAACCUGACUCUUACUUGGCCUGAAGGAGGGCCUCUUUCUGCUUGUUUCCAUGGAAAUGUUCUUCCUUUGGCUAUAAUCAUCCAUAGUAUUGGAUAAAAUGUAUCCAUCUUCAUAGUGAAUGUUCUGAAGCAGUGUUUUAACUUUCUAUUUCCACAGAAUCAUACAGUUGACCUUCCAUUCCCAGUUACAUACUAUCAUUUAAAGUAAAGUACUCACAGCUGAAAAUAUAGUAACCUACUUUUACUUUUGUACUGGUUUAAACUAACGUAGGCUAGGCUUUUUAACAUGCUCUUUAACAUGCUCAAAAGGUGUCAAUAUUUCACACUGGUUUUGAGAAAGAUUUUUAAAAGUGAGUGUAUCCAAAGUUGUGUUUAAUAAAAGAUUUGUGUUGAUGUUAUGGAAACAGAAACAGAAAGACUGCAUUUCUCCUGAACCACAAGUCCAACAAAGGUAGUGAAGACGUGCUGUAACCUGUUGCAGCCUGGGAACUGCCAAAUCAGCCUGGGAACUGCCAUGGUAACACGCCCACUGACAAACUUAAAGCAAAGAUAACCAUCUCUGGCAAAUAUUUGCACACUUUUUAAACAGACAACUUUAGAAAAAGCCAAAAGAAAACCGGUUUGGAGCCC